GCCGGUGGCAGAAAUAGCAUCAGACAGUCGCUUGUUUUAACCGGCGAAGCUCACACCCGACACAGCACAGCACUGCGCCUAAACAGCAGCAGCAAGUUAGUGCAUCGAUACUAUUGACGAAACUAUUCCGGAUAUCACUUAGGUGACCAACCAGUCGCAAACCUGGCGAGAAGCGUAAUCCAAACGAGUCUGGUACUCAACAUGAGCACGGAGAUGUUCAGUAAAACCGACAUGGAGGUGGCCGUGUAUCAGCUGCACAACUUCUCCAUCUCCUUCUUCUCCUCGUUUGUGGGAGGAGAUGUUGUAUCGGUCAAACUUGACAACAGUGCCUCUGGUGCUAGCGUUGUGGCCAUCGACAACAAGAUUGAACAGGCGAUGGAUCUUGUCAAGAACCACCUCAUGUAUGCCGUGCGAGAGGAGGUGGAGGUCCUCAAAGAGCAGAUCAAAGAGCUGGCAGAGAAGAACAACCAGCUGGAGCGGGAGAACUACCUUCUGAAGAACCUGGCCAGUCCAGAGCAGAUGGAGAAGUUCCAGUCCCGCAUCCCCACAGACGUGCUGCUACCGCUGGACAACCUGAGCGCCCAGCUGACCCCAGACCAGCAUCUGCCCUGUACUCGCAUCGCUGGCUCUGCUGUAUAAGUGGCUCUGCUUUGGGGCGGGCAGAGCCACCGUCUCUUUACAAUAAUGGACCUCCAUUUGAACCUAAUCGUUAAGAAAUUGCUGCCACCGACAACCCUUCGUGAAAAUGAAGGGCGAAGCACCGGGGCUGUAAACGAUCGAUGGGACACAAAAGGACACUGAUAAGCACAACACAGAACUUGAGAUGCUCUGUCUGGUGUGCCAGUCAGGCCAGCUCUCUGAUACCGUCAAACUCUUUGUCGUAGUCUCUCUGUGUAGACAAAAGCGCUAAGAAUAGAGAGGGGUGACGCUUGCUUUCAGACGGCAGGGGGGCUUUCCCUGCCUAGCCGAAACCCUUCCAACAAACACCCUUUGCUCUAGCAAUUGGGAGUGAAGAGGUGUGGAUUGGGCUAGCCCUGCAGGUGCUAACUUGAAAAGGUGUUGGGGAAGAGACCCAACCUGAGACGGUCCUCCAUGUGUCAACAAGAAGAGCCACAUCAGGUGGAUUCAGAUCUAAAAAACACAAGUUUGAAGGACUCCCAACCGCAUAUUUCAGCCCCUUAACAGGGACCUUUCUUGUGCCUAAAAUGUGUUGCUCAUGUAUUCAUGUACAUCUAAGCAUAACAAGAAUAAUCAACAGGAUAAGCUAAGAGGUGGAGGUUAAUGCAGUAUAGCCUGUUAGAGCUGGUGGACCGCUGCAGUACACUGAAUAUACUGUAAUAAUUCAUGAAAUGUAAUCUUGUAUUGCCUGCAGUUGGGGCUUGCUGCUUAUGGGGGAAAUUUAAUUCUGCAAUAUCUUCUGUUUUUGUUUGUGAUUCCGAACAAAAAUCAGUGGUUUCUAAAAAGGCACUGUACAGAUUUAUUUUGUAAUACUGGACAGGAAUAUCUGCCCACCAUGUACGCCUAGCUCUUCACAGCAAAAGAUAAAUGUAACUGCAAUGUACCUAAAGUUGAAACGUCCAGGAGGAAGAGCAGUGGAGAUGGUGAGCAACCAGAAGAGCCAGCAGAUGCACUCCUGAUUUUAGCAGCGUCGUCCAGUAUCUGGUCUGUGUCUCGCUCAGAUGCCAACUUGAAAACAAUGGCAUGACAACAGUGCCUGUUCGUAGUAAGAGAGGAACACAUUUCCUCAAAGAGCUCUGUUAUUGUUGUUUUCUAGCUACCAAAGACUUUUUGCCUUCUUUUUUUUGGUCUUGCAACAACAGAAGCCAAGCAACCAGGACCAUGUGUACAACGUCACAGGGAGAAGUGUUGUUUGUACCUAAUGCUAAAGUGUAUACGUGUUUUGUAAAGAUAACGGUAUUGUUGCUGUAAAGUAUCCUUAAAAAGUUCUUCACUAUGGUGUUUGGAUACAACUGCACAUUUGCAAUAAACCUUGUGUUUACAUUAUACAAUA